CCUCCCCGCGCCCCUUUCGAGUGGCGCUGGCACCACAGCGCAGGGGCCAGACGCCCGGCGCGGGAGGAGGAUGGCGCUAGCGGUGCUGCGCUUGGCGCUGCUGCUCCUGGCAGUUACCUUCGCAGGUAGCGCUCGGAGCGGUCCUGGAGAGCGGGGACCUCUGGAGAAAAGCGGGAGAGGGAGUCACGCCGGCGGCGGCCCCUGCCCGGCUCUGGGCGGCCUCGGCGACGGUACCCGCACGGCCGUUACGGGCGGUUCCCCAGAGGACCUGUCGCCAGGUGGAGGAGCGCGAACUGGGGGGUGUGGCCCUCUGUUCCGUCGAUUUUCAAAAUAUAAAACGCCAUUCUGCGCUCGGUAUCAAUUACCAGGAUGUCCCAGGGACUUUAAUCCUGUGUGUGGCACUGACAUGAUCACUUAUCCCAAUGAAUGUACUCUGUGCAUGAAAAUCAGGGAAAGUGGUCAAAAUAUUAAAAUCAUCCGAUAUGGACCCUGCUGAUGGAGCAGUUUACAGAACAGAAGGAGAGACCACCUUCACUGGCAGACUAGAUAAAUUGUGUUUCCCCCUUUUCUCUUUUCCUGUAUUUCUUUACAUAAGAUUUGUUAACACACAUCUUCUGAGAGCAGGUAUGGAAGACAGCCAUGUGUAGUGAUGGAUAAUUUAAAUAAAAACAGAAUCCUUGUUUCUUGGCUUUUGCUCCUAGAGUUAGGCUUGCUGCCCAGAUAACUUGUGCAUUGCUUUAUUUAGUUGAAAUAAAAUCAGCAUUGAAUUCAG